UCAUACUACAUCAUUCACCACCACUACCUGAACAGAACGCCAAUCCUAUCUUGGUUUCACAGGUUUCACAACCCCUCUCACGUAUGCUCAAAGACUUGAUUAACGGGUUCACUGCGGUCGCACGACUCUCAUCAUGUCUUCCAACCCCUUUCUCAGCACUACAGGCAACAACACAGUGGCCAUGAACGCAACAUCUUCUCAAUACCUGUAUCCUUCCGAGACUGCUAUGCUGGAUGUCUUUAUUCCAGGAUACUCCUUCAUCUCGCGGUUCUUGAUAUCAUAUCUGCACAUCGACGUCUCCCAAUAUAUUCCCUAUAUCCUAACAGCUGUCGCUUUUCUCGCUUCACUCCAAUUUGUUUACUUCCGAUCUUACGAGCUUCUAAGCGAAUAUUGUGUCUCAACGGCUGAGAUCCGCCUCGAGGAUGAAGUAUACAACUACCUCAUGUUCUGGAUGGCGCAGCACCCGGCUACAAAACGAUCGACUCAGUUCGUCGCCAGCACCAAAAUCACCAGCGGGGCACGGUACUACGAUUCCGACGACGAGGCGGAUCUACAAGAUGAGGAUGAGUACGACGAGGAAGGUAAUGUCAUCUCGGACUUCGAUGACUAUUGGGCCAAAACCGUCGCACGAGACAAGUUCAAGCGGCUCCGCUUCACCCCAGCCGAAGGAAAGCAUUUUUUCUGGUUCAAGGGUCGUCUUCUGACCUUCACCCGUGCCAAAGAGGAGAACAACAACACCAUCUCCUAUAUGCGAUAUGUGCCUGAGCGGUUGUUCAUUUCCUGUAUUGGUCGUGAUCCGACUAUUCUGAAGGAGCUUCUUGCUGAAGCACAAAAGGCGUGGGUGGCGAGAGAUGGGAACAGCACCUUGAUCUAUCGCGGUCAGAAGAACGGCGGAUACACUGACUGGGUGCGGUGCAUGGCGCGCCACCCCAGACCCCUCUCCACCGUGGUGUUGGACCAGGCCCAGAAACAGGCUUUCAUCAAUGACAUCAAGGAGUACCUUCACCCCCGCACGAGGAGAUGGUAUUCCAACCGGGGUAUCCCUUACCGGCGUGGGUAUCUGCUCCAUGGGCCCCCCGGCACAGGGAAAACAAGCCUCUGCUUUGCAGCAUCAGGUCUCCUCGGUCUCCCAUUGUAUUUGCUUAAUCUGAGCUCGAAGAGCCUUGACGAGGAUGACCUCAUGUCUUUGUUCCAGGAACUCCCCCGACGAUGCAUUGUCCUUCUUGAAGAUGUCGACUGCGCCGGUAUCACGUCAAAGCGCGCUGCAAAUAGUUCAGACGACGGCAAGAAUAACGAUAACAAAGCUGCUCCCAAUGCCAACACUCCCAAUGGCACCGAUGCCAAGAAGGCCACCGAGGACUCUACCACCGACAACAAAGGCAUCACACUCUCCGGCCUCCUCAAUGUAAUUGACGGCGUCGCAGCUAGCGAAGGCAGGAUCCUCAUCAUGACGACCAACCACCCCGAGAAGCUUGAUGCCGCUCUCCUCCGUCCAGGACGAGUGGACAUGAGCAUCACCUUCGGCUACGCCCAAACCGCAGAUCUCCAGGAACUGUUCUCAUCCAUUUAUUCCACCCUCGAGGGAGACUUGCGCUCUAUUACAGCAAACGGAAAAUCCAGCGACGCUACACUGAACAGCCUCAAGAACCUCGGCAUUGAAAAUUGGCCUCCCAUCUCAGACAAGAUUCUCAAAUUGGCAGAAGAAUUCGCGGCUCAAAUCCCUUCCAGCGAGUUCACGGCUGCUGAAGUCCAAGGCUAUCUCCUGAAUUACAAAUCGGAUCCUGCUGCCGCGAUCUCUGGCACUGCGGAUUGGCUGCAGCGUACAGAAAAGAUGCGAAAGGAGAGGAAAGAGAAGGCUACGAAGCAGGAUGCAUAAACACGCACUCAUAUUCUUACUGGCGAUGAUGAUCAUGACGAAGAUAAUAUAGAGAUAGAGAUACCCUACUCUUAAUGAACUGUACUACUAUCACAUUUGAUGAGCAUGCUCAGUAUUCUCAUUUCAAUGUCAAAACCAC